CGCCACACCGCUCGCACGCACACACGCGAUCGUUCGGGUCGCUGGCGAGCUGUCAGAGAGACACCGUCAGAAGAAGAAGAAAAAAGUUGCAACGCGACACACACCGCGAACGUUCCGCCGAGGCAGUGGAAAAAAGAGGUUUUUUUGUGCGAAUUUACACGCCGGUACGAUGCCGGCCACCGUUGGCCACUUCCGGGCCGGGUUGGACGCGCGGGGAGUUGCGUGAAAAGUGGGGAAAUUCAUCUUUUGAUUGGGAAUUUUGUGCAAGAAAUUUUCCAGUUUGUGUGCCUGUGUGUGUGUGAGAGUGAGUGAGCGGUCGAGAGACAGGAAGAAAGAACCCCCGGAGAAAGACAGCCGAACAGCUCUCAAAAGUGACAGUCCGAGUAGGCUGGCUGAAGUUUUUUGCUUUUUCUCUUGUUGACAGGACGGUCGGGACGGCAGAAGAACGGCACACGUUGAACGUUUUUCGUUUUUCUUUCGGGGGAGUUUGCGAUUUUUCUUCCGAUUUGUGGAGCCCCUGGACCGGUCCAGUGGCCACUUUCGGCGGAGCCGGAUCGUGAUCCGCCGCGACCAACGGGAAAAAAGCAAAAUAAACUAACCGUCAGAGACAUUAAAGUGAACGAAGAAGAAAGCAAAGUUGAGUUCAGAAUUUGCUGAAGCAGAAGGAGCAACCCGAAAAUCUCGGGGAACUGGCCACCGUCGGCUGGAACCAGACCAGCGGGCCCCCCUUCCAGAGGAGCGGCACAAGGUGGCAAAGAUGUGCGAUGUUUGCGCCGGCUUCCUGAAUCUGCUGGGCUCGUACGAGUCCCGCCUGGCGAGCAAUGAGUCCGAACAUCCGGUGUUCCUGUCGAAGCGCGAGAUCGAGGUCGUCAUCGGGUACAUCCAGUGCUGGCCGGUCCGGCAGUGCAUGUGCUGCUACCGCGACCCGAAGAACUUCGAGCGGUUCAACCUGGUGGUGCAGGCGCUGGUUUACUUUACCGUGUACCAGCUGAAGAACAUCCGGGGCCUGUUGGAGCGCGAGGAGAAGCGAUGCGCGGCGGCCGCAGCUGCAGCUGCUGCCUUGGCAACCGCGGCCGUGGUUCCUGGCAAGGACGGUGAAGAUGGUGGGAAGGAAGAGACAACCGAAGUGGCACCACCGGUUGUGGAGGAACAGUUGCCGGCUCCGCGCAAAGAUGCAGGAGGUUCUCCGGUUUUGGAGGACUGUUGGACGCUGCUAGACAUGGAGAAGCUGCUGCUGCUGUCGUCGAAGGCGUUUUUGCUCAAUUUUCCACUGUACGUGGCGUACAAGCAUGGAGUCCACGCGAGGAUGGACGAAAUCUCGCCGCAGGAAGCGCAAUCUUUGAGUAUUUUUUGCGAUCUGCACGACAACGAAAUACCGGCGUUUCUGUUGAGGAACGUGUCGCUGUUUUGUACUUCCGGAGGAUUUGACGCCAUGAUGGCUAGUUUUGAUUCGCCGAAUUUGCCGGUUCCGAUUGCGCACGCCAUCACGGCUGCGAUUUCGAACCUGAAGCUUUGGAUCAACUACCGAUCGAUCAUUCAACUGUUCAUCCCGAUUCGGGUAAAGAUUCUGCAGUACAUGUGCAAACUGUCGGACCAGGACCUGCGAUCGCCGGCUACGAAAGCGAUGGCCGACUUCAUGUGGACCGCCAUCAAGGAUCCGCUGGAUUCGCAAAUUACGUUCGACACCGAAGGACUCGCGUUGGCCUUCAAGUACUUUACCAGCUCCACGCUGACCAUGAGGUUGGCCGGAAUGGCUCAAAUCAACGCCCACAUCAACCUGUUCAACGAGAUCUGCACGACGGAGACUGUGGCCGAGGUGGAGGUCGUCGGUCAAAAGCUGGCCGAUUGGCUCACGGAGAAUCAAAUCAUUUCGCACUUGUUCGGGCCGAAUCUGCACGUCGAAGUCAUCAAGCAGAGUCACAUCGUGCUCAACUUCCUGGCCGUCGAAAACCAGAUCACUGAAGAACACAUCUCGCUCAUCUGGCAGGCGGCCCAGCUGAAGCACUGCUCAAAACCAAUCUACGACAUUCUGCCAUCGCUGGUCAAGAACCUGGCCCCACGGCCGGCCUCCCAUCUCUACUCGCUCCUGUCCGCGCUCGAUCCCCGCGAGCAUACUGAACAAUCCAUCUACAUUGCGUCCGCCCUGACGAAGCUCAUCUGGGCACGGGACUGCUCGCGGCUUACCCUAAUGGACCUCGCCAAGAACAACGUGCUACGGGAAGCGGCCGUAGCAGCGGCUGCAGCUGCCGCGGCCGCUCGGGAAGCCGCCGAACUGCCUUCAAGUUCGGAAAAUUCCGUCUCCGUCGAUGGGAGCAACAGCGAAGACGAACCCCAGGAAGAGGACAGCUCCGACCCGGAACAUGCCGCCGCAAUGGCAGCUGCCGCGGCCAAAGCGAACGCUGCACGACACGCCGCACGGGUCGCCCUCGCUGUACCUUCCUCGAUGCCGGGACCUUCCACGCAACUGCUCAAAAGCAACGCCCCGGCAGCGGCGACGACUUCAGCCGGACCCAGCACUGCACCCAUUCCGGCCAUGGUUGCCGCCGCCAGUAUGAUGGAUGCGACGGACGAAUCGGACUCGGGAGUGGCCGUUCCGCCACCUUGCAAGCAGCCACGGCACAAAAAUUGCUGUGACGGUACAACCGGUGAAGAUAACAUGAAAGUAGAACCGGGCAUUUACAACGUAGACCAGCGAUUGAAGGAGAAAAUGCGCAUUCCGCUGAUGAACCGCUCGAUGGCCGCCGCUGCUUCGUCAUCCUCGGGCUUCCCGUCAAUGCCGGGUGUGUCCGGAGCGGCCUCCUCCAACGUGGUUGGCACCAGCAGUGACGACGACGACGAUGACGACGAGGAGGAAGAGGAUGGGCUCGGGCUCGGCAUGAGCGAAGCGUUUUCCGCGAUGAGGAAAAAGAUGCUGCGAAAGAAGCGCAAAAAGAUCAGCGGGUUGACGCGAAAGGAACUGCAGGAGAUGGCCAGCGUGUCGGACGUGGAGGACAGUGACCUGGCGGCGAUGCUGCCGGACAGCGACUGCAGCGAGUCGAAUCUGCACCACCAGAGUUCGGUGCUGAGGCACAUGGCUGGGGCGGGAGUUGGACCGGGACCGAUGGCCGGUCCCAGUGGGGCUGGGCCGUCCGGUAGCAUCGGGCCGGUGGACGAUGUUCCACCCUUUAUGGGUGCGAUGGCCGAAGGACAUUUGAUCAACUUUUUGAACGCCACCGAAAACGACGGCAGCUGUUCGUCACCAUUGAGCAACAAAUCCGAGAAGAAUAUGGGCGAUUUUGACGAUGAAGAUUCGCCGUGUGAGGAGGAACUGGUAGAACUCGCUGCCAGAGCCCAGUGCUUGCAUCAGCAACAGUUUCCACUGCCCAGACCACGCUCGCUCGGAACGGGAAUGUCCCCGCAGCAGCAGCCUCAGCAGCGAACAAACACGCCGAACAUUACGCUGACUCGAGCUCACCACGAUCGGCUGUCGUCCACGAUGACCCCGAGUGCGUCGUGCAGUAGUGGCGGAACGCCUACGUCAUCCUCCGGCGGCAAAGGCAAGCUCACCCCGACGAGCAAAACAACUCCACCGCAGCAGAUCCCAACGAAGGAAAUGCUGGCGGCGGCCGCAGCGGCAGCGGCAGCCGGAGGUCUUGGUGCACCAACAUCGCCGAGUUUUCGCUUUCCGGACGUUUGCCAGCCGGGAAAUACGCUGCUAUGGGAUCUGCUGCAGGAUGACAAGAUUGGACAGCUGGGCGAGUCGUUGGCGCUGGAGGCGGAGAAGGUCCUCGGAACACUUCUCUGCUUCCACACGGACAAAAUCAUUCGGACGCGCUUCAUCGAGGGAUGUCUGCAGAACUUGGCGGAGAAUCGCAGCGUAGUGACGAGCUUGCGACUGUUGCCCAAGCUGUUUGCGUCGUUCCAGCAGUUUCGGGACGUGACCACACACCAGGUGGUGCUCUGGGCAGAACGUCAUCACCGGAUGAUGCAUCACUUCUUUAACAAUUUGAAGCAUUACACGACCAGUGGCUAUGCCGUGCGUGGAUCCGGCGGAAUGCUGUACUCGCACGUGACUCAGAUUCAGGUCCGGCUGCAGUUCCUGUCGUCGGUAUUUAGUGACGUUGGGUCACCGCGCAGUUUCAAGCUGGCACUUGGCCAAGUGGACACACUGUGGACCUGCCUCGCGAACGAUCCCGAGUGCAGCGAUUGCCUGUUUGCCUGGCUGCAAGGACAGGUCAAGGGUGGAGACACCCACGCGCUUGGAAUCAACGCCAUUCAGCAUUUGUACUUGAAGCGAUUGUCAGAACUGAAACCGGAAGGAAUCUCCAUGGUUGCGCUGGGCCUGUUUCAGCAGUUGUUUAUGUUGGGACGGGAAGAUAUCAUUGCUCACCCGAGUGAAGGUCAGGAGGCGAGUGAUUCGGUCGGAAUGGAGCAUCUGUGGAAGAUUGCACUGCGAGCGAACAACACGGACGUUUCGUUGACCGCCAUCCAAUACAUCAACACGUACUACAUGGAGAAACAGCUCAAAUACGAGAACCAGUUUGUGGCCCAGUGUAUGAACCAUCUGACGCAGGCCGUCGAAGAACUGCUGAGGCAAGGUCCGGGCUCGGAGAAUGCGUUGAUGUGCGUUCAACGUGCCCUAAUGCUGCUCAACACUCACCUGGAGACGUUCCGACGGAGGUACGCGUACCAUCUCCGACGGUGGGCUCUCGAGGGCAAAGAGGUCGCAUCGCACAGUGCACUUCGCAACGAAGGACCGGGUCCGCCAAUUCGUAUUGUGCUGCAACCUGCGGGUGUGCCGGAAAAAUCUCUUCUUCACCUGCACUCGACCGAUUUGGUCGCGGAUUUGAAGGCCGAAAUCGCCAAAUGGUGGGAAUCGAUCCAGGGAGCGGUCAAAACAGCUCACAACGAAACAGCGGCUCGAACCGGUGGCACCGGAGCUGUGUUGGGUCUGCUACUUAGCGAAGGUCCACUCCGGAUCAUAACCCAGGGUCAGGAAAUCACCGCCGAGUACGAUGAACGAAGUCUGGCGGAUGUGGGCUUCAAGGACAACCAGAUGGUGUACGUGUCGAUGGGAAGCCGCGGAGGCCGAGGCCGCCGAGAACAUCACGAUCAUCCUUCGAUGCUGCCACCGCCACCGAAAGACUGUCUACCGACGUUGCUGCUGCUGCGAAGUCCUCACUUUGAGCAGCUCUUCAAGUUGAUGCAAACCCUCGGCGACAUGAAGCUGAUCGGCCCCGGAGGUCGCAUCAUUCCCAACACCAAGGCACAACUGCUCUCUCGGCGUGUUUGGGACAUCCUGGCUAUGCUUCCGACUGCGCCCACCUUCUUCAACACGCUCAAAAAUCUAACCUUCGCCAACUCCACCCCAGAACCACCACCACUCGAACCGGAAUCUCCGGACUCGCGCCGGUACACGCUCGAAGAGAUCCUCGACCCGCACAACCUGCAGAAAUUCAUGUACUCGCUGCACAUCGUCGAAAGCCUUUGCAAGUCCAAGUUUAUGGGCAGCUGCUGUAGCAGUCCCGGAGGAAGUAGCAGCGGUGGACCCGUCGUCCCAACCGCCUCAAUUGGCGUUCCCAUCGCGGCCACCUCCGGAAUGCCCGGCGGAUCACGGCAAGCCAUCGUCGGCCCGAGCGCCGCCAAAAGCCUUUCGGUGAAGAACCAACUGAAGCUCAAAAUUAGCACGUCCAAAUCGCUCAAGAUGCAACAGAACCAGAAACAGCUGGCGGCCAAGCAGCAAGUGCUGGGCGUAAGCAAUAGCAACCUGUCGGCGACCACGAUGGUCAGCGGAACUUCACCGGGCAAGAAGGAUAGACGAUGCGAUACGGAGACGGAUAUUGGAGAACCGAAGGCGGGAAGUUCUGGUGAGAUGGACAACAAGGAGAACAAGAGCGGCGAGGCUUGUAGUGAGUCAACGGAAUGUGCUGACCAGAGGCGGGAGGUUAAGGACGAAGACGAGCUGAAUGUGAGCGUGGAGUCGGACAAUCGCUGUGUUCCGGAGCAGAAAUCUCCACCGACGAUCCACCAGCAGCCACCUCCCAAGUUGGCAAGCCCCGCGAUUGCGUCCCUCGAGUGGAGCGAGCAGUUUGUCAAGUGUGGCGGCCUAGCGCACCUGUACCGGAUCUUCGUUUCCGGUGUGCUACAGAAACAAUCCAGCGGCGGCGGCAAGGACGGUGACGAUCUGAACGAGUGGCGCCACGACUGUCUGGCCAGUUUGCUCCGAAUUCUGUGUCUGCUCGGGAUGGAAGAGUUCCGGCCGGAGAACGAAAAUGCGAUCAUCAUUCCGAAGCUGAACCGGCACACGCUGGCCCUGAUGGAGGUGCAGCCAACGCUGGAGCGGAUAGCGGGUAUUUUGAACGAGGAGGCUCAACCGUUGAGUCCACACCACUUCAAGACGGGUCUGUUUGGGCGAGCCCAAGUGAUACAUUACGCGAUGAACUUGCUGGUGUGCUACGCCCACUCUCUGCCGGAGGUGCGGUCGACGUUGUGGAAGAUUGACGCCAACUUGGCUUGGGUGCAACGGUUAAUUCUGGACGAUCCGGAACCGGCGGUACGGAGAGAGGCCUGCGCAGCACUGUACCGGAUGUGUCUGGGCAAUGCUCAGACCUAUUAUGAAUUGAUGGCUCCGCUGCUUUCAAAGCUGGUUGCGUUGCUACCACUAGCAGAGAAGAUGCGUCCCCAACACCAAGCGUACCAUUUAUCCCCGGACGAGGGCAAAGAACCGUAUGGACCGGCGUGUCGAGACUAUUUCUGGCUGUUGUGUCGAUUGGUAGACUCGUUGUCUCCCGAGCUGGUUAAAGAUUGCGGAGGAGAACUCAGCCGUAAGCCAGCGACUCCCGGUUCGAUCGGGAUAGAAUCCAUGUGUCGACAGGUGUCCAAGAGCAUUCUCGAUCGAGACUACCUCGAAAGUCGCCACGGUAGUCCGGAUGAUGGCUUGUUUGGUCUGCUCAAUUUGAUGGCCAAUCUGGUCAAGUUCGAUCCGCAGUUCAAGUUCACCGAAGAAGGUCAGCAGUUUAUCGGCAAGAUAUUCCAAUCGCUGUUCGAGUUGCCCUCGCCGGACGAUCGGGACAAACCGAAAUGCAAAAGUCACGGAGCUCGAGCCGCGGCGUACGAUCUGUUGGUGGAAAUGUGCAAGAAUGCCCCCAAGAAUUACCUGCUGCUACACGGCAAGUUGAUGCAACAGCACCGAGCUGGACCCCACUCACCGUACCCUUGGGACUACUGGCCACGGGAUGAGGGCCGUUCCGAGUGUGGCUACGUUGGACUUACCAAUCUGGGCGCGACCUGCUACAUGGCGUCCUGUAUCCAGCACCUCUUCAUGACACCCCAAACGCGCGAUGCCAUCCUGUCCAUCUCAACGGACCCGCAAAAGCACAAAGCAACCCUGUACGAACUGCAGCGGAUGUUCGCCUACCUUAUGGAAUCCGAACGCAAGGCGUACUGUCCGCGAUCCUUCUGCCGGGUCUACCAAAUGGACCACCAGCCGCUCAACACGGGCGAGCAGAAGGACAUGGCCGAGUUCUUCAUCGAUUUGGUCUCCAAACUGGAGGAGAUGACGCCGGAGCUGAAGACGCUGGUCAAGCGAGUGUUUUGCGGAGUCAUCAGCAACAAUGUGGUGUCCUUAGACUGCGGCCACGUCAGCCGAACGCUCGAGGAGUUUUACACGGUGCGGUGCCAAGUGGCGGACAUGCGCAACCUGCACGAAUCGCUGGACGAAGUCACCGUCAAGGAUACCCUCGAAGGGGACAACAUGUACACGUGCUCACAGUGCGGCAAAAAGGUCCGCGCGGAGAAGCGAGCCUGCUUCAAGAAACUCCCCCAGAUUCUCUGCUUCAACACGAUGCGCUACACGUUCAACAUGGUCACGAUGCUUAAGGAAAAGGUCAACACGCACUUUAGCUUCCCGAUGCGACUUGACAUGAGCGGGUACGUCGAGAAGACGCUGAUGCCCCAUCACUACCAGGAGGAGAAACGCAAGUCCGAAUUGCGCAGAUCUUCGUCGCGAAACGUCAGCGAAUCGAGCACUUCCGAGGGAGGAGGCAGCGGUGGCAGUUUACCGUUUAGCGGUGACGACGCCCCGCUCCGAAAGGAUGACAAGGUCAGUUCGAGUGACGGCCAGCAGGAGCAGCAACUCCCGUCAUCGUCCUCGUCUUCGACGUCGAGCAAAGCCGAAGCGGCGGAAAAAGCCGAACUGCAGAAGCAGCAGCAGACGCUGGACGAGGAAGACUCGGAGGAUUUCAACGAGCACUACGAGUACGACCUGGUCGGGGUGACGGUACACACGGGGAACGCCGACGGUGGCCACUACUACAGCUUCAUCAAGGAGCGCAACGAGGACAGCAAUCCGAACCACCAGGAGCGCUGGUUCCUGUUUAACGACGCCGAGGUGAAACUGUUCGACCCGUCCCAGAUUGCGGCGGAGUGCUUCGGCGGUGAGAUGACGAGCAAAACGUACGAUUCGGUCACGGAGAAAUAUCUGGACUUUAGCUUCGAGAAAACCAACUCGGCGUACAUGCUGUUUUACGAGUGGCGCUCGAACAAGGGCACCAACAUCCAACGUGACCAGGCGGAACGUUCGGCGGCGGCAGCAGCUGCUGCGGCUGCGGCCGCUGCCGCCGGUUGUGGCAAACCGUCCACGUUUACAUCGGCCAUGUCCAUGCCGACUGCGACCGCAACGGCAACGUCGUCCACGGUGGUCGUCAGUAGUAGCAGCAGUAGCAUUGACACGUCGCUCCCGACGUCCUCGUCGUCUACAACGGCGGUUAAUGGAAGCAGCAGUAGUUUGACCAGCGGUAGCAGUACCAGUGUUGCCAGCAGCUCCAACAUGACCUGUGGAACGAGCCUGUCGCCCAGUGCUAGCAAGACAGAGCUGGAAUCGGUCGAGGAGGAAGAAGAACCAAUGGACAAGUGCGGCAAGCCGGAAGUGGUUGAUGUUUCGAAGAAAGUGGCCACUCCUCCACCCUUACCUGGCCCGGCACUAUCACUACCAAGUACCAGCAGCACCACGACAAACACCACCCGUGAAGAUGAUCAGACUGACCCAUUCAUUCAGAAACAUCCUAGUGAAGUAUCAUCGGUAGUAGAUAAUUUAAGUACUCUAAGUAAAUGUGAUAUAGAUGUUAAGACUAGCAUUAGAAGUACUGCUGCCGCCGCCGGACUGUCCCUUGUUACGCCACCACCGCCGUCUCCGCUGGCCGCCCUCCAAGCGCAGGCCUCUUCACUGAGCAUCCUGCCGCCGUCGGGACCGCUGCUAGGACCUUCGAUGCUUCCCUCGCCGUCCUACUCGUCAAUUUCGUCCCUGUCGGCACUUACGGCCACCGCCGGCGGUAACGUUGGCCUUCCCCUUAGUGCCGUCGUGCAGCAGCCCACCAUUUCCAGUGCCGCCCUCCAACCGUGCUCAUCUUCGUCGUCUUCAUCGUCCACUUCCUCGUCCUCACUCGGACCGCUCGGGCUGGGGCUGGUCGUCAACCGGAUAGGUCCUCCACCGAAGCGAAAGCGCAAAAUUCUGAGCAAAGAGCUGGAAGAGUGGAUCUGGCAGGACAACCGACACUUUUUGCAGGAUCGCAACAUCUUCGAGCACACCUACUUCAACUUCAUGUGGCAAAUUUGUGGCCACAUUCCGCAGACGCUGCUUGCGCUACCGGACAUUACCUGUAUCGCUGCGCAGCUGUCGGUUUCGUUCUUCAUCGAGACGUUCAUUCACGCCAAGGAGAAGCCCACGAUGGUGCUUUGGGUGGAGCUGCUGACGAAGCAGUUCAACGCGAGCCAGGAGGCGUGCGAGUGGUUCCUCAGUCACAUGUCCGCCGAGCCGUGGUGGCCCGUCCAGGUGCUGAUCCAGUGCCCCAACCAGAUGGUCCGGCAGAUGUUCCAGCGGUUGGUGAUUCACGUGAUACAGCGGUUGAGGCAAUGCCACAGCGCGCUCUACCUGAAGGUGGAGUCGGACGAGGAUGGGAACGAGAUCAUCGGUAACGUGUCCUGCGUUACGCGCUUCAUCAAGUCGUUGAUUAUGCUGAUGGAGCACGGUGCGAGAGCCCACCUGCGCCACCUGUCCGAGUUCUUUGGGCUGCUGUACGAGUUCUCGCGAAUGGGCGAAGAGGAGGCACUGUUUCUGUUGCGCAUCAACGUGAUCCGGAGUGUGGCCGAUUUCUACCUUGGGCACAAGGCGGCCCAGGAUUGCAUCGAUACCAACUCGGACAACGAGGACAAUUCGUCGGAUGAAGCACUCACCGUAGACAAGAGUCGUCCGGCGUCGCUGGACAAGAUGAUUGCUCUGGUGGCGUCACUUGUGGAACGGUCGCGCGGACCUGACCUCAGGCUUCAUCUUUCGGCGCGUGACUACAAUGCGAUUGCCGGUGGAAAGGGCUUUCCCUUCCUGUACCAGCAGAUCAAGGACAACAUCAACCCGCACCAGACAAGGCAUCUCAUCCACGCGCUCUGCCGAUGUGACGAACGGCUGGCCGGUCAGAUCAUUGCGAUGCUCUUCACUGCCGUAACGAAGCACACCGAGCUGUGUGGACCGUUCUUCAAGCUGCUAACACUGCUCACGGAAUCUACCGGUGGUCCCUCGGGCCUACCUUGCUUCUCUCAGCUCGUUCUACAGCGGGUUUGGGACGCGGCCGAGUACUGUCCCCAAUCGGCACUGGACUGGCUGGCGGUUCAAGCGCCCCGUAACAAGAUCGCUCAUACCUGGAUCCUCCAGUCGGCCGAGAGUUGGGUCGAGACAUUCCUGCUGGCGCACAACAAUGCCCGCGUACGGAACGCCGCAGCGUACCUGCUCGUGGCGCUCGUUCCAUCGCAGAACUUCCGCACCAACUACCGGGCCACGUCACACCACAAACUGACCAUGCAUGCCAGCUCUCAGCACCGGGAAAUCUCGUGCGAGGCGCAACUCAUCCUGCACACGAUCCUGAACCUUUUGCUGCGGUUGCUUCGGUCCGCCCGGAACUACACCGACAUUAGCGUUCACGGCACGACCAAGCUGACGGCGUACUUUAACCUGAUGACGUACUGUCUGGUGUCGAAGACGGAAAAGUUGAUGCUCGGACCACAUCUCCGUGCCCUGUGGGAGCUGUUCCAUCCGCGGUUGUCGGAACCGUCCGUUCCGGCGCACCACAACAAGCAGUCGCUGCUGGCGUUCUGGUACCAGGCCACGAUCGACUGCCCCGAGAACGCGCUCCUGGUGGCCAACUGUCCGGACAUUACGCGCAACAUUGCAUUUAACUACAUACUUGCCGACCACGACGACUCGGAGAUUGUCACGUACAACCGGGCCAUGCUGCCGGUGUACUACGGCCUGCUGCGGAUGUGCUGCCAGCAGAGUAGACUCCUUACGCGCCAGCUGGCCGCCCACCAGAACCUGCAGUGGGCCUUCAAGAACAUCACACCCCAUCCGACGCAGUACCCGCUAGCCGUGGACGAGUUGUUCCGGUUGAUGACCCUGUUUGCGCAGCGUCAUGCGGACGCGACGGAAGCCGAGCAGCGCGAGGUGACCAUCUUCCGGCGGACUACGCUGACGGCGUACCUCAACGGGUUGGACGCGCGCGUAUCUUGGGGAACGUUGAUAGCGGCGCUUCGGAUACUGGUGGACAACGACGACGAUCGGUUAUUCGUAGUCCUCAACGGCGGCAUCACACUUUGCUUCGACGCGUUGCACACGCUUCACUCGAUGUACCACGAAGCGACCGCUUGUCACGUGUUUGGAGACCUGCAAGAACUCCUCGCCGAAGUCAUCCUCCUCGUCAGCACUUUGCGAGCGAGCUGUCGCGAGCAGAAGAAACGUCCCCCGCCAGCGCUCAUGAAGGGCCUCCCGGACGCCGUCCGACGGCUGGCAACCCUGCUCAACACCUUCAACCCACCGGAGAUGCGGAACAUCGCGCUGGAGGUGCUCAAGGAGCUCGUCAAGUGCGCUCCGCCGGAGAUCAUCAGCACGGUGCUGGUUCCGCUGCUCACCCACUGCCACACCCAGAACGUGUCGCACCCGAUGGGUCCACUCGGGUCGUACUUCCCGCGCCGUGGCAUGAAGGCAACGUGGCCUCCGGUUUCCAAGAGCACACCGCGGCCACCCCGUCCGAUGGUGCAGAUGAACAUUCCGCAGUCGCAGAUUUGCGAAAAGGGCCUCGACAAGGACUUUGACCUGGCGCUGGAGCUGUUCUACCGGCCGUACCACGAGUUCCUGGACAUUAUGUUCCGCGUGGCGGUCACCUCGAACCAGUUUACGGAAGCGCUCGUGCAUCUGUCGCUGCUGACCGGCAUCGAGUCCGUCGUGCUGCACUUUAACAUCUUUGCCAAGUUCUGGGUUGGCAUCUUCAACAACAAGACGACUAAUCGGUAUGAGCUAAAAACUUUG